AUGAAUCUCAAUAUUCAGGCUCUUCACACGAGACUAACUGGCAUGUCGUCAAGGAUGGACAGUUGCGACAACCGAAUUGAUAAUUUGUGUUCCCGGGUGGAAGCCCUAGAGGCCCAGAACGUACAUUCUAAUGGGCAUAGCAGUAAUAGUACUGAGGCCUCUUUGUUAGAAACCAUAGCUCAGCUGAAAAAUGACUUAAAUGAUCGUGACCAGGAUAUGCUACACAACGACAUUGAAAUUUCUAGUGUUCCUGAACAAAUGGGAGAAAAUACUAUUCACAUCGUGACUACCUUGGGGCAGAAACUCGGCGUCACGCUGUCUGAACACGACAUCGUCGACGCAACUCGCGUGGGUCGUGCACCGCAGUUAGAAGAGGGCGUCCAGGGUCCGCCGACCCGCCCACGGCUGCUGGUGGUGCGGCUGGCGCGUCGCGCCGUGCGCGACCGGCUGCUGCAGGCGGCGAGGGUGCGCCGCGGGGCGACCACGGAGGGCACCGGACUCCCGGGGCCCAGCUGCCGCUUCUACAUCAACGAGCGGCUGACCCCCUUCAAUCGACGGCUAUUUCAAAGGGCACGGCAGCUGAAGGAGCACCACGGCUGGCGAUAUGUGUGGACGCGGGAUGGUAGGAUCUAUCUGCGCCAACGGCCGGGUACAGAUUCUCCGAGACAUCGCAUAAGGACUGAACUAGACUUGGCUCGUGUUUUUGGCUCUCUUGAUGUUCGUUCUUAG